AUGCCUGCUGCAGUGGCUCAAAGUGCUUCCAUGUGCAUGCUACAGACAGAACCCACUAGCACAGAUCUACAAGAGAAAGGAGAAAUUGAUAAAGAGCUCCAAGGAAAAUGUCUCAGAAUGGUCUCCGCCGUGACUCCUGUAAAGCUAUCCUGCUGCUAUGUAGUGAACAUGGGUCUCACUGUGGCUGUAAUUACACUUGUAGCUUUGUCAGUGAGAAUAGAAAAACUGGUCACUAAGUACUCUGGACCUUGCUCUCCCACCCGCCCAACAGAUUGGAUUGGAUUUGGAAGACAAUGUUUUCAUUUUUCUGAACACACAAAUAACUGGACAUCCAGCCAGACCUCCUGUAUGGCACUAGCAGCCCAUCUAGCUCUGUUUGAUAGUCUGGAGGAGCUAAAUUUCCUGAAGAGAUACAAUGGUGAUUCUGACCACUGGAUCGGCCUGCACACAGAGUCACCAGAGCACCCUUGGAUGUGGACAAACAACACUGAAUAUAACAACUUGGAUCCUAUCCGAGGAGAAGAAGAAUAUGCCUACCUGAGUGACAAUGGAAUCAGCCGUGGCAUAGGAAAUGGAUUUGUAGCAAGUCUAAAGUUACUCUUUCCAAUGGCCAGGGAUUUUAAAUGCAGGGUAGAGAAUGUGCCAGUUCAUGCCUGA